AUGAUGCGACCAAGAGAUCCCCGAGUGCGGCAAACACUCAAUCAGCUUUCACACAAUCUCGAGUCCGCGAACGAGACUGCCCAAGAAGGAAUCUACACAUUCGCCCAUAAUUAUAUCUUUCCAUGUUUCACUGCGAUUGGAAACUGUGUUUACUCUUGUACGGCGCCCUGCAUUCCAACCCGCGAAGACCACCUCCGACGCCGCCGACGACGCUACGCAGACUUCGACUUUUACGAUGACUGGGACAACGAAGAUGUCGAUGAUACGAUCUUGGGAUGGGGUACAGACGAGUUAGACCGUCUGCUGGCAGGCAGCGGGUUGGCGCGGGGGAGCACUGAGCAGCCUCGCAGACAAAGAAAGAUGAGCUAUGGUGCUCGACGGGCGAGUCGGCGGAAAAGUGGGCUUUUGAUACCAGACGAGCGAGAUGACCCAACCGUCAUCCCGAGUUCAUCGUUCUUGGGAUUCCUCGAGCGGUUUCCGUGGAGACUUGGCGCGCGGGGACUGAAGUAUAGACCCUCCGCUGCUGACCUCCAGGAGCAUCCGACGGGUUUGCGACAUGUACACGAAGAGAGCCCUCUCAUCGAGUCGCCUGAAGAAUAUCAAGAAGAGGCGGCUAAUAGCAGCAAUGGGAGGUACCGAAGCUCGACGCAGUCAUCGCGCGAAACGACAAACUCGCUUAGCUCCCGGGGUGACCUUCUUCCCAGCGAUGAUGAAGAGGAUGCCGUACCAUUGGACGAUGAAUUCGCCCUUGCUUUGACCCGCCGAGGUACAGGGCUAGAGGCAGAGGACCACGAGGGAGAUAAGCCUGAUAGUAUGCGGUCUGCAUCAGGUACAUUCAGCAUAACGCCUACCACCUCAUCCAAGGGCUCGGGAAAUAAGAAGAAGAAAAAGAAGCGAGCCAGUCGACUGCGAUCGCCUCAGAGCUCCUACGUGGAUAUUGCGCGCGACAUCGAGGAUCUGAAGAAGGAGGAUGAGCGAGCUGCACGCGAAGAAGAGAUGGAAAUCCUGCAAAAACGGCUCGCUGCACGACAGUUGGCCCUGAGCCGGGGCAUCAGUAUAGACGAUACUGCCCCCGUACCUCCAUCCGCAAGCAUGCCUUCAAAUGCAGCUUCCUCCGCCAUCCCUCCCCAUAAUAAUACUGUAAUACCCGAAGAAGACCAUAUAUCGGAGUCCGAUUCGCGAACAGAACCUUUCCCACCUUUACCUGAGUCUGAUGAACCCAUUUCUCCAUUUCAAACCGACCACGUCCAAGACUCAGACGUACCCCUCACGCACGUUGACCCAACACCUGAACCUGAUAUUGGCUCAAGCUCCAGGUCUCAUAAUGACAGGGCUUGA